AUGAAAGAAGGCAUGUCUGCCAACAGCACCACCAGCAUCUCCCAGGCCAGGAAGGCGGUGGAACAGCUGAAGAUGGAGGCCUGUAUGGACAGGGUGAAGGUGUCCCAGGCAGCGGCCGACCUGCUGGCCUACUGUGAAGCCCACAUGCGGGAAGACCCCCUCCUCAUCCCAGUGCCCGUAUCGGAAAACCCCUUCCGAGAGAAGAAGUUCUUCUGCACCAUCCUCUGA